AUGGAUCAAGGUUCCCCGCUUCUCCCAGGUACACCCGCCCCCUAUGGCCGGUCUUGCGCCAACUGCGCCCAGUCGAAGCGCAAGUGUAUCGUUCGCGGAGCUGGUGAGCCGUGUGAACGGAUUAGAUGCCACAAGACAAACAGAGACUGUAUGCCAGCAAAGACAGUGCGCCGCCGUAAUUCGAAAAGGCCAGUGGCAAGCAAAGCAAAUCGACUGGAGGCCAAGAUAGAUAGCCUCGUGUCGCUGAUGCAGGCUGGGACCAGUCCGGCAGACCUUCCUCUCGCGAACAUUGUAGAUCAUUCUGUAUCCGUUGACGUUGGGCAGGAAAAUACUCCUGUUCGAAAUUCUGACGACGACUCGGUCUUGAAUUGCCUAGGAAAGAACCAAAACAACACACCAGCGACUACACCGGCUGCCUCUGACUCGGCAGCUCCGUCAAACCUAGGCGAGCCAUCUCUACUAGAGGCAGAGGAAUAUCUUACACAUUUCCAGACCUCAAAGCUGCAAUACUUUCCCUUUCUGUACAUCCCUUUUACAACCAGCGCGGAGUCUCUCCGAAGGAGGCGGCCGUUUCUGUGGCAUUGCAUUAUGGCCAUCAGCUCAAAAUCAUCGGCUCAGCAACAGAGCUGGGGCAACAGAGUACGACAAACAAUAGCCCAGGAAAUGGUGGUCCGCUCUGAGAAGAGUCUUGAUCUUCUCCUGGGGCUUCUGGCAUUUGUUGGCUGGGCCAACUAUCAAGUACACAGCAAGCCAUUCCUGGCUGUCUUUACCCAGCUCGCAGUAUCGUUAGUUUUUGACCUUGGUCUCAACAAACCGUUACCGGAUGAGGCAUCGAUGGCCUUUGGUCCAAAGCAGUGUCGAACAAUGGAAGAGCGGAGAGCUGUUCUUGGAUGCUUCCUGGUCACAUCAGUAAUCUCUUCAUUUCUUCACAAAAUCGAUGCGCUCCGCUGGACGCCGCACCUAGACGAAUGUCUCGAGUUACUUGACAAACAAAAGGAGUGCUUGAAUGACGAUAUUUUGGUCCAGCAGGUGCGGCUACAGCUCGUUGUUGAGACAGUAACUCAAGAUUCACUACAUAGUCGACACUUCAGAUGGAUAGAAAGAGCCGAAACCCCAUCAAACUUCUUCUCCGAGUUAGCGCACAUCAAAACUAUAAUAUUUAAUACUUCUCCGAAAAAUGUUACCUUCUUGCAUCUCUAUAGUGUUGAACUCGAAGUCGCACUAUCAGGUAUAUCUCUCAGAUCGAAUGAUCUGACAAUAUCCGAACGUGAAAAUCUCUACCUAGCACUUACCUCUAUUAACUCCUGGUUUGAUGUUUUUCUCACGAUCCCACCGUCUGGCUAUGUUGGGUUUUCGUUUUCAACCUUCUCCCAGCUCGUUCGUUGCCUCACCACUCUCUACCGACUUGCCACUCUCGACGUUCCAAUGUGGGACAAAAUGCAUGUCCGAAAAACCGCAAACCCACUCUCCAUUCUGAAUCAGAUCGUUACCAACCUGGAACAGGUCCCUGGUAUUGCUGGAAUGGAUAAUCGCGAUAACGCAGAUGGCGAUGUGUUCUCUCGUUCUGCGCAAAUAUUUCGGUCACUUCGACCAGAAUGGGAGGCAAGGGUCGGAGUCGACGAUGUGAUUCCCGCGACCAUGCCUUCGUCGCAGGAUGCAGGCGAGAUUCCUUCCCCUGGUUCUUUUGGAGACGAAAUUCUUGAUAAUGACUGGUUUAUGGAUCUGCUGUCUUCUAACGUAAUUCCCGGUUAA